GUCUGGAGACACCUAAUUUGAUUAUCUCGCUUCAAAGCUACCGCGACGACGACGUGAACGGAAAAAAAUAUUAGACGGAAAAGCUUGUUUUAAAAUUGUUCGUUCCCAAGAGUGUUUGUUGGCGGUCGCGAUGAGCAUUCCCUCGGCACGGUUGAUCUUGUUGCUGGGAUACGUGGCUAUUUUGGCCGCUUCCGGUUGCAGCAUGAACAACAACGAUGACGCCGAUCUGAAGGAGUCUUUGCUCGCGGAUCCGUCCGAGAUGAGCAAUCGCGAGGCCAAAGAUGUCAGCUUCGAGGAUAUUCAUGCCGAGUGUAACAAAACUUUCAUCAUCCAGAUGGAUUACCUGAAGGAGCUGAACGAUACCGGAAGUUACCCGGAUGAAACCGACAAGACCCCGAUGUGCUUUAUGCGAUGCGUCCUCCAGAAGGCAGGAAUCGUGACGGAGGACGACAAGGUCAAUAAAGAUCAGGCGGUUCACCUGGCUUGGGCCAAAAAUGGGGAUGCAAUCGAUGAUUGCCUGCAAGAGAUGACCGGAAGUUCUUGUGAACGGUCUUAUUUCCUGGCACGUUGCAUCGCAACCCGUCAACUGGUGGAGGGAAGAAGCAAGGAUAAUAAAAAAUAAACGAUGAGCAGGGUCAACAUUAUAGAAAAGAACAAAAUAUUCAUAGGUGUAGAAUGUGAAUCUAUUCAAAAUAAACGAACUUGAGACAUUGCUCUGAAUAGUUUGCUAUGGGAGGUUUCCUAUCAA